AUGGCCAGGUGGACCGGCCUGGAGAACGAGCCGCUGUUCCUGCCGGCGGUCGGCAACUUCAAGCAGGGUAUGGUAGUGUCGGUGCCAGUGCGGUCCUCGCAGCUGGCCCCGGGCACGAGCCUGGCGGACGUGCACGCGGCGCUCGAGAAGUACUACGCGGGCUCGCGCUUUGUCUCCGUGGCGCCGCUGGACGCCAGCGGCUCGCUGGAGCGCGGGGCCUUCCUGCGCCCCGACUCGGUGAACGACACCAACAGGCUCCGGAUCUUCUGCUUCGGCAACGAGGCGAAGGGCACGAUGUGCUUGUGCGCGCAACUGGACAACCUGGGCAAAGGCGCGAGCGGGGCGUGCGUGCAGAACCUUAACCUCGCCCUCGGAUUCGACCAGGCCCUGGGCCUGGAGUGA